CAUGGAGGAGUGUGAAGCACUGUGUUCACGUCUAACAAUUCUGGUCGGAGGCCACAUGAAGUGUAUCGGUAGCACUCAAUAUCUCAAACAGAAAUACGGACAAGGCUACACCAUCAUGAUCAAACUUUUCACAAACAACCCUGACGCAGAUGAUGCAUUGUUUGCAUUCAAGAACGCUGUUAACAGAACGUUCUCCAGGUGUUUUAUAAAGGAUGAACACAAGGGUCUUCUCCACUACCACAUAGCAGACAACUCAAUGCUACUAUCAGUGUUGUUCUCUAAAUUAGAAGAUCUCCGCAGUCAACAUUCCAUUGUAGAAGACUACACAGUCGGAGACACCACCCUUGAACAAGUCUUUAUGUCAUUUGCAAAACAGGUUCCUCCAACGAUAGUUAUUGAACCAGUUGAUGUUUGAACAAAACAAGUAUUUAUGUUGUUUGCAAAACAGGUUACUCCGACAAUAGUUAUCGAACCAGUUGAUUUUUGAACGAAAUAGAACAAGUUAAAAAGGAGGAUAGCAGCUAGCUUACCCAUGGGGGACUUUCAAAUGUAAGGAAACAUUCACUUUCUCUACACUCGACAAAGUCCCCCAGGCGACAAAAUAUUGUAUGUUCAGAAUUUAUGUGGUAUUCCCAGUUUCAAGAACAAAUUAUUAAUGUUCAGUUUCUCUUCUGAAUGUUCUAUGGCCUACCUGCACUUUUCAAAGAUUCUAUCCUCCUUAUUCACAAUUCAAAAUCCUGGCCCAGAGCCUUUUCUUGGAAAAAAACUAAAUAGAACAAGUAUUUGAUGUUGGCAAAACCGAUCCCUCCUAUAAUGGUAGUAGGCAUCCCGGUUGAUGUCGAAGCAAACUCAUGCAUCCAAUUGUACGAUGUUACAAUUGUGAGUUCAAAAUUCUUAACAUUCAAGCAAAAAGCUCAUAGUACCAUAAGUACUUAUGUUGUGGGAUAAUUCUUGUAACUUUUUUGAAUGAGUUUUGAAAUUUGUAUACAUUUAAUCAUAAAUUAAUUUGAAGCAUGGCAUAACAUAUUGAAUAUGGCUUAUGCUUUAAGAGGGUUCCACCCACCGGCUGUUUACCACGUAAACAUGGUCCUACAAAAAAGAACCUCCUUGCAAUAUUAAAGUGUUUAUUGAGUUGAAAUAAACUGUAAAAUAUUCACAAUGAUCCAACAGAUGCACUGUCUGACUGAAACUUCGUAAUUGUUUCUUUAAGUGUUUACAAAAUCAUUUUGAACAUCUGUAAAUAAGUAUUUUUCACAUGUGGUUUUAACUUCUAAAUAAUAGUUAAAAUUUUGCUCUACCCACUGCAAGCUCUGAUAUGUUAAGAGCACAACA